AGUGGUACAACCCGUCGUCAUGGAAAACACAGACAUCGAGGAGAGAAGGAUAGGAUCGAAACACUACAAGCAUAGAGUGUGAAUCCUCGCCGCCAUAUUUGUUUCACGUGAAUCCUUGCCGCCAGAGUAACUUCACGUGGACUCUUCAUACAACAGCAUGUCUUACAGUGUGUUGACAUUUGUUUCACCUGCUCGUUAAUUAAUUGUUAGUUACACAACCCAGUGUUCCUCACCAAUUACAUAUUUCCCAUACUCUUUAGUGACAACACAUUGUACAAAGAAUAACACAUAACAUUUUUAACUGAAACUAUCCUCUUCUGGUUACCGUACUGUCGUGAAAUUCAGACGGCUUAUUUCAAUUAAAGAAGUUUUAUCCUCCUGUAAAUAAAACAUUAAAAACAACAAAUACAUCACUUUAAAAUGCAUGAAAUCAAAUCUGUAUACAAGGUUUGGGUUAACUGCUUCAUGACUUCGUUAGCCUGUUUGACACACGACCGUACAAGUCGUUCCGGUACUUUAUUUCACCCGCCUAUUAUCUUAUUUACGUCCUAAUACCUUGGUGUUAAGAGGUUAAUCUCAAUGCAAGUUGGGGAGAAGAAGAUAUUCCUAAAACUACUGAAACCAGUUAGUUUAAGAAACUUUCGCAGGUUUAAAAGUUGACCAGGACCAGUUCAUUUCUCUUGGAACUGUGUAUGUACACACGAUUUCUAUUACUUGCAGAGACAGAAAGUUCGUUAUCAUGAAUUCACUAGAAGACAGUAUAGUAGAGCUUGCUUCGUGUUAUUUUAUAUUCACACUUGUACACACUUUUGUACAUCAGAACUGUAGUCAACAUGAGUUAAUGGUCAGUUUGUUGUAAUACAUGCAUUGUAUCGGAGCCGUAGUGUAUUGCACGCUAAAGUUCACGUUGCUGUAAUAAAUACUGUUAUCAUUCCAAUAAUCAA